GAAAAGAAAGCUGGUUGUUACAAUGAAGUUUGACAAAUUUUUCCGAGAACUUCUGGAGAAUGCAGAAAAAUCCCUAAAUGACAUGUUUGUACGGACGUAUGGGAUGCUAUACAUGCAGAACUCAGAAGUGUUCCAGGAUCUCUUUACAGAACUGAAACGAUAUUAUACAGGAGGCAAUGUGAACUUGGAGGAAAUGCUAAAUGAUUUCUGGGCUCGGCUACUGGAGAGGAUGUUCCAGCUCAUAAACCCCCAGUAUCAUUUCACUGAGGACUACUUGGAGUGUGUGAGCAAAUACACAGACCAGCUGAAACCGUUUGGAGAUGUCCCGAGAAAGCUGAAGGUUCAAGUGACUAGAGCUUUCAUUGCUGCAAGGACCUUUGUUCAGGGGCUGACUGUAGGCAGAGAGGUUGCAAACAGAGUAUCCAAGGUCAGUCCCACCCCAGGGUGCAUCCGGGCGCUAAUGAAGAUGUUGUACUGCCCUUACUGCAGAGGACUUCCCACUGUGAAACCUUGCAACAACUAUUGCCUCAAUGUAAUGAAGGGCUGCCUAGCAAAUCAGGCUGAUUUGGAUACUGAGUGGAAUCUGUUCAUAGAUGCGAUGCUUCUGGUAGCUGAGAGAUUAGAAGGGCCGUUCAACAUUGAAUCAGUCAUGGAUCCUAUUGAUGUCAAGAUUUCUGAAGCCAUCAUGAACAUGCAAGAAAACAGCAUGCAGGUGUCAGCAAAGGUUUUCCAAGGAUGUGGCCAGCCUAAACCAGCACCUGCACUGAGAUCUUCUCGUUCUGUCCCUGACAACUUCAAUACCCGUUUCAGACCUUAUAAUCCGGAGGAGCGACCUACAACUGCUGCUGGCACGAGUUUGGAUAGGCUGGUAACAGACAUUAAAGAAAAACUAAAGCUCUCUAAAAAGUUCUGGUCAGCAUUACCAUACACAAUCUGCAAAGAUGAACGCGUGACAGCUGGUUCGUUGAAUGAGGAGGACUGCUGGAACGGCCACACCAAGGCGAGGUGA